AUGGUUGUGCCCGAUGUCAAGGGGGAGGCCAGGGGUCAGUUGUAUUGGGACGACGGGGACUCUAUCGGUACGAUUGAGAGUGGCAAUUAUACCUUGGUCACUUUCGAUGUGAAGAAUGCAACCCUGGUCACUAAUCCACAACAUAAUGAAUAUGCUGGUGGUGUGACCACAGAUACCAUACACGUAUUGGGUGUCAACAAAAAGCCCACAACCGUUACAAUUGAUGGACAAAUGGCU